UGCAACUUUGGGUGGCGCCAAAGCUUUAGAAAUGAGGCGAAAAACCUAACCGACACAAGGAAUCGAUUUAUCCUACUUGAGAACCGUUUAUUUUUCACCGUUUCCACGUCGCGCUCGCUGGGUUGGAUGAGACUUCAGCAGGUGAUUGCUCACCAGGAACGGUGAACAUCUUUCAUCGCUGAGGACCGCAGUCCAUUCUCCUUACUUGAUUGUUUCCCUUCAUUGCUUGUGCGCGCAGGUUGGAACGAACAUGAGAAACUUUGCCUUCUGCGCAGGGGAAAGUGAGCGGCACGCUUAAAGAAGUGGAGACAUUCAGAGAACACCGGGAGCUGCCAUCCCCUCGCUAGGAAGAUUAGAGGGUUGACGACAUCCAACAGGAUUAGGUAUUGUGCGGACUAACUCAUCACUCCCACAUCUUUCUGUCUAAAACAUUGCGCAAUGACCUUUGCUGCUCUUGGAAUACAGCGGGUGCGCCCCUGAGGUGGGCAGGCAAUAAGGUCUGACAGAAGAUGCGACGGGGGAGGUGGCUUGUCAGAUGGCUGGGGACAGGAAUGGCAAUCCUCUCGUUGCUUACCUACAGCUGGGGCCAGAACACAGAAGACUGGCAUUAUGAGGAGUGUAAGCUGUCCAGAUCAGGGCCCCCAGCAACAAUAGUGACCAUUGACGAGGAGAGCCCUAACGGUACAGUUUUGGUGGAGAACAUGCAGAUUAAUGGCCGUGCACAGGACCCGGGCAGAACCAUCACACUCACACUGCUGGAUAACUAUGACUACUGGGUGUUACUGGAUCCAUCACAGCAGAGACUUUUCCUCAACAGCACAGGUCGUGUUCUGGACAGAGACCCUCCCAUCUCCAUCACCUCUAUUGUGGUGAAGGUCCAGUGCACCAAUUUGCUGGUCGGCACCAUCAUUUUGCAUGAAGUACGGGUCAUAGUGAGGGACAAGAAUGACAACAGUCCUCAGUUUCAUCAUCCCCGCUACUAUGUUGCAAUUAACGAGCUCACUCCAGUCGGAACAACCAUUUUCACCGGCUUCUCGGGAGAUAAUGGUGCUACAGACAUUGACGAGGGCCCCAAUGGACAAAUAGAAUACACCAUUCUUUACAACCCCAAUGAUCCGACAUCUAACAGGACAGUACGGGUUGGGAACACAAUGUCAGGAACUAUUCUUUUGGCAGAGAGGCUAAACUAUGAAGAUAAAACCCGCUACCUGGUGUUGGUCCAAGCCAGCGAUCGUGCUCUGUACCCUCCCAACAGACGAUCAGCAACUACCAUUCUGACUGUGGAUGUCCUGGAUGGAGAUGACCUGGGCCCCAUGUUCCUGCCUUGUGUUUUGGUGAACAACACCCAAGACUGCACCCCUGUCACCUACCGCUCUGCUAUCCCUGAACUCACUCAGCCGAGCAAACUGAACCCACUGAACGUGACUCCACCUAUACGGGCCAUCGACAUGGACAGAAACAUACAGCCCCCUUCAGACCGACCUGGAAUUCUCUAUUUCAUCCUGGUUGGUCAGCCAGCAACGUACCCAGAGUAUUUCUCCCUGAACAAGACGACUGCAGAGCUGCAAGUUCUGAAACCAAUUAGCAGAGACAUGUACCAAAGGUUCACACUGGUUAUAAAGUCUGAACAGGACAACGGUCACCCCCUCCCAGCAUAUGCUGACCUCAUUAUCGAAAUCCUGGAUGAGAACAAUCAGGCACCAUACUUCCAGUUUGCUACCUAUCAGGGCUACGUGAGUGAAGCCUCCCCAGUGGGUACGACUAUUUCUGCCAGCUCCAACCUCACCGCGCCUCUGGAAAUUAUCGCUUUGGAUAAUGACAUUGAAGAGACGAAGGACCCCAUGGUGCAGAUUACCGUUGGUGACUUUACUGCCAUCUUCAGCCUGACCCCAACUGGGAUAAUCCGCUACCUGAAGCUCCUCAAACCCGUGGACCGAGAGACGAAAAUGGCCUACACUUUCACAUUGGUGGCGUCAGAUGGCGUCCAGCAGAGUAGCCCAGUAACUGUCAACAUCCUGGUUAUCGAUGCCAAUGACAAUACACCUACAUUUGCUCAGGUUUCCUACAGCGUUCAAGUCUUUACAAACAUGCAGCCGGGGGAGACGGUGCUACAGUUAUCUGCAGCAGAUGCUGAUGAGGGUCUAAAUGGUCUGGUAACAUAUGAGAUACUGGCUGGGGCCCAAGGAGACUUCAGCAUUAAUAACUUCACCGGGCGCAUCACCGUGGGUCCUGGUGUCACAUUAACCGUGGGGCGAUCCUACGCGCUGACUGUCAAGGCUUCUGAUAAUGCACCAGAGACCCAGAGAAGGAGCUCUAUCACUACAGUCUACAUCGAAGUUUUGCCUCCCAACAACCAGAGUCCACCACGUUUCCCUCUUGCCACCUACAACCUUGAGGUCAGCGAGGCGAUGAGGGUUGGAGCUAUCCUGCUCAAUUUACAGGCCACAGACAGAGAAAACGAUCCGAUCACAUACCAUAUUUUGAGCGGAGAUUCCCAACAGGUCUUCAACCUCUCAGCCACGAUUGGACUUUUACUUCUGAGAAAGCCUUUGGACCGAGAGACCACAGACCAGUACCGGCUGAUUGUCACAGCUUCCGACGGCCACAUCGGAGGGACAUCUACUACUACCGUGAGCAUCGUGGUCACUGACGUCAACGAUAAUGACCCCGUGUUCAACGUCACCAUGACAACUAACUUUACCGUCCGAGAGGAACAGGCCAAUCUGUUCGUGGGACAAGUCAUGGCUACAGAUGCUGAUGCGGGACUAAACGGCCAGGUUCACUACCGGAUUGUCAAUCAUCCUGACUUGUUUAUAAUAACCAUCAAUGGAAGCAUCUACACUAAAGUGCCACUCGACAGGGAGACACGGAGCCAGUAUGAGCUGGUGGUUGAGGCCUCAGAUGGGGCAGUGGACCCCAGGCGAACUACGCUGACCGUCUCAGUACGAGUUCUGGACAUAGAUGACAACAGUCCGGUCUUCUCACAGCAAAACUACAUAGUGAAUGUACCUGAAAACAGCCCAGUAGGGACCGUGAUUCUGAAUCUAACUGCGGUGGACCCAGACCUUUUCUCAGAAGUCACAUAUCGGAUCAAGACUGAAUCAGCCAAGCAGCUGUUUUCUCUGAACCCUACCACUGGGGAAUUGGCUGUAUUGCAGACCUUUGACUUCGAGGACCUGGCAGCGAUGGGCAUGGGGACCUCUUACAUUUUCCAGGUGGAAGCUGUCGACCAAGGAGGGGCGAUGCCACCAGGCCAAGCUAACAUCACAGUCCGCAUCACAGAUGUGAAUGACUUUGCUCCCGUAUUUAGACGGGACCUAUAUAAAGGCUUAGUGGCACCCAACGCAGAGAAAGGAACAGUCAUCACCUCUGUUUUUGCAGAUGAUCAAGACCCCCCAGGCACUCCAGCAAGCUUUGUUCGCUACAAAGUGGACCAGGAACGGUCGCCGUACAGCGGCAGCAUCUUUGAUGUGGAGUUGGAAACGGGUCGAAUCAUCACCAAGGUCAACCUCAAUGAGCAGCCCAGCGUCACCUUUAAGCUGUAUGUGAUAGCCUUUGAUGAUGGGCAGCCAGUGAAGUCUAAUAGUACUUUGGUGGAGAUCACCGUCCUUCAACCUUCUCUUAUCCCGCUCUUCACCCAGGAAGAGUACAUAUUUCCUCCAGUCAAAGAGUUGGUUCCAACUGGCACUCCAGUGGGGACGAUUCUAGCGGCUGCUGCUACCAAUCAGACCAUCUACUAUUCUAUUGUUGGAGGAAAUGAACUUGGUCACUUUAGGGUGAAUAACAGGACAGGUGUCAUCUCCACUGCAAAACGUCUGGACUAUGAGAACAUUACCAGCUAUGUCCUCAGGGUACAGGCAGACUCCAUGUUGGUUGUCAUGUCCAACCUGCGUGUGCCUUCUAAAACUAACACGGCCAAAGUCUUCAUCCAACUUGAGGAUGAGAACGACAACCCUCCCAUCUUCCCCAGACCACUGUACAUAGGAGGCGUCACAGAAGAUACCAAGAUUUUCACCUCUGUGCUGAAGACAGUGGCCACCGAUCGGGACACCGGGAACUUUAGCGCCAUGGCUUACCGGCUGAUUAUCCCACCCACAACUGAUGGACAGGACAGUUUUGUCAUUGAGACCUACACUGGAGUCAUCAAGUCGGCCAUCAUGUUUCGGAACAUGCGCCGGUCCUAUUUCAAGUUCCAAGUUAUUGCCACGGACAACUAUGGGAAAGGUAACAGCAGCAGUGCAGACGUGGUG